CAUAAUGCUAAGCGGGGCGAUGCUCCGGGCCACAUUCCAUUCGUGGGGAUUGUUCCAUUGCUGUUGCUGUACAUCGGGGCCGUGUUCCGAUACUAUGGGGACCAGUGCCGUCUGCAUCUCUUUGCUCUUCGCCUGUUUUGUAAACUGUGCAGAUGGCACUGAAUUAAAUAAAUGGGCGAAUAAUGGAAUCAACAGUUACCGCAUUAGCUGGAGUAGGACUGCUGAGAUGAUGGAGGGGAAUACAGACUCAGUUUCCUCAAUCACUCCUGCCAUCCCAGAAAUUAAUUUGAUGAAGCUCAGUGGCACUCCAUCCGUGACAAUACAACACCGAGACUAUACGCAAUACUUCAGCGACUAUCAUACCAAGACUCUUUAUGAUUGUGUGUAUUCCAUUUUCUCAAGAGUGCAUUCAGACCGGAAUGUUUAUCCAUCUUCUGGUGUCCUUUUUGUCCAUGUUUUGGAGAGAGAAUAUUUUAAAGGGGAAUUUCCUCCAUACUCCAUGAAAGUCGCUGAUGCUCGAAAUGAUCCUAUAACAUUUAAGACAAAUCUGAAAGGAUAUCCAGACAGACCUGGCUGGCUGCGAUAUAUUCAAAGAACUCCAUACAGUGACGGAGUGCUUUAUGGGUCACCAACCAUUGAGAACGCUGACAAAACGACAAUCAUUGAGAUCACUGCCUAUAACAGACGAACGUACGAAACAGCAAGGCAUACUUUGGUUGUCAACAUAAUGGCUUCAGAUGAUUACCCUUUGCCCUAUCAAGCGGAGUUCUUUGUGAAAAACAUGAAUGUGGAAGAGAUGUUGGCAAGUGAGGUUAUUGGUGAUUUCCUGGGAGCUGUGAAGAAUGUUUGGCAACCUGACCGCCUCAAUGCCAUUAACAUUACCUCAGCACUCGAUCGGGGUGGGCGAGUGCCUCUGCCAAUCAACAAUAUGAAGGAAGGGGUUUAUGUCAUGGUGGGGACAGAUGUGACUUUCUCAUCGUGUCUAAGAGAAGUGGAGACCCCACAAAACCAGCUGAAGUGUAGUCAGGAGAUGGAACCAAGCAUAAGCUGUGACAAGAAAUUUAGGGCUCAGUUUGACAUUGACUGGUGUAAACUGUCUUUGGUCGACAAGUCAAAAAUGCCUUCUGUCAGUAAGGAACUGAUUCGGGGAGAUGGUGUUCUGCCUGAUGACGGAGAGUAUAAACCACCUUCCACUAACCUGAAAAGCAAGGACUAUUACACAGACUUCGUGAUUACAUUGGCGAUACCAGUAGCCGUUGCUCUGGUGCUUUUUGUUAUCCUUGGUUACAUCAUGUUCUGCCGCCGAGAAGGAGUGCAAAAGAGAGACAUGCAAACACCAGACAUCCAGUUGGUUCAUCAUAGCUCCAUUCAGAAGUCAACCAAGGAGCUUCGGAACAUGUCAAAGAACCGAGAAGCAGCUUGGCCCCUUUCCACUCUGCCUGUGUUUAAUCCUGUAACUGGUGAGAUCAUACCACCCCUUCAUCAUUCAGAUAACUGUGACACCUCCAACAUGCCUCUCAUGCAGACACAACAGAAUCACCCCUUACAGACCCAACUGCCCCAGCAACAAGGUGCAGGAGAAUAUUAUAUGUCGACAUUUCUACAAUUUGAGGUAAAUGGCAAACCUGAGGAAGGAAAACUGAAUGAAGCAUUUACUUGAUACAAUUCCACUUGGGAAAAGGUCAUUCUUCUUCUGUAUACUGACCAAAUGCAUGAUUUGUUUUCACGGUGUGCUGAUGUGCAUGACAGCGUAAGUGGGGGUACAAUGUGAGUUUGUCAAGUAUUUGAUACCAGUGUUCUAAAUUGCUCCACAUAAAUGUUGUAGUUGCUUUGUGUGUAGAAUUAUAAAAGUUGGUAAUUUUAUUUAAUUUUUGCUAGAAAAAGCUAGCCCUUCAAUGGGUAAGCUGUGUUAUUGACAGAAUUCCUUCUGUCUAUGACUUGCCUAAAGUCUAAACAGUGUUUUAAUCAUGCAAUAAAUGUGUUUAUGAAAAACA